CUCCUCCUCGCGCGAUGAGCCGCUGACCACGGACAAUGAGCGCUCCUCCUCCUCGCGUUUGCUGCCACCACCACCACGCGGGACUCACACUCCUCCUCGCGUGUGCUACUGCCGGUCUGCCGCCACCACGCGCCGCUCCGCCUCAAUCCACCGCUGCCCCCGCCGGCGCGACUCGCUCCUUCUCCCUCCUCCUCCUCACGUGUACUGGUGCCGCCGCCUCACUCCACCACUGCCUCCGCCGGAGCCGAUUUCUUCUCCAGCCACCUUCGGAGCCGUGGUAUUCCCCAUUCACCGCGGCUGGAGCCGAGGUCGUCCCUUCCGCCACCGCCGCUGCACUCCACUACUGCCCCCACCAGAGCCCAGGUCCUCCCCAGCCACCACCGGACCCGUGGUCUUCCCCAUCCUUCGCCGUCGGAGCCGAGGUCGUCCCCUUCCGCGCCCGCACGCACAUUCUGCUGCCGCUGCUCCAGUGACGCGCGGCCACGACCACCGGUGAUGGCGACGUGUGGGUUUGCAGCAACACCUCCUUACUCCGCCUCAAGAACCGUCGUCAUCACUCGGUGUCGGCUGUCAUCACCAAUCGGUCGUCGUCCGCUACCCCAGGACUCGAUCUGCGUCGCCUCCAACCGGAUUGGCUCCUCCAAGCUCGAGUGACUGUAGGGGAUGAAGAGCGUGAUGCCGGAUCUGGCCCACCGGCGGCGACGGAUCCGACAACUCGAUGGCCCUAGGCGGCAGCCUGGAUGUUAGGAACCCAAAUGGGCUGCCUGUGGGCUGUCAACCACUUUCAAAGCAAGGCCCAAGCAAGCAAAUCAGGAGCACAUAUAAACAGCAGGAGCAGCAUCAGAGAGGAGAUCGAACAGAGAACAACAGAACCGGUUGAGGGGCUUCUCGGCGGCGACGGCGGCGGCGGCGACCUGGAACCGGGCUUGGUAUCACGCUUUUGUAUCCUUCCAUUUUCCACCUCAAAACCCCUCCACUAUUGUAACAGACUUGGUUGUUCCUUGUGUUGGAUUUGGUACUCAUACUCCUGAAAUUGCAUUGUUGAGUGGGUUUUCUAACAAAUCUGGUAUCAGAGCCACCAAGCCCCACCAAAUUCACUAAGCAAGCAUCCAUGGAAGGUGAGGAUAAGUUGGAUUUGAUUUUGAGGCGGAUGGAGGAGUUUGAACGGAGGCAGGUGGAGGCAGAUCAGAGGAGAGCUGAAUACCAGUCUCUCAAGGCGGCGGUAGAAUUGUGGAUGCCUGAAAUCCAGAAGAAUGCUGAAGACCUACAGUUUUUGGUUGGGGAUGAGCAGUCCAAGGUGACGCUCACCACCUGUUCGACAGAGUGCCCUAAUGGCAGCAGCCCGAGCAGAACAGCGAGAUCCAUCUACGACGACGAGGGGUCUACUCCAACGAUCAUCCUGGAGCUUGGGGGUGGUGAGGACAAGAUUCAUGACCCUUACAUCAUCGCCAAGGACUCUCUUGAGGUCACGCCCACCAUGUGUUCGAUGAAAUGCUCCAUCCCCGACACCGAGUCCAAUCUCACCAUGGUUGCGGAGGUGACCUACGCUAGCACAGCCACUGUCUCUAUGGAGUUGGUAGCUGCUCAGGAAGCUAUUGAUGCCACGUACAGCGACACCUCUGACCAUUCCAAGGUGAUGCACACCAAGUGUUUGACGGUUGUCCUCGAUGCCAUUGGUGACACCGGUCAAGCUAUGGUUGUGUUCCAGACCUGGACAGAUGCAUUCAAGGAUGUUCCGACCUCCGUUCAGUUCAUGGACUUUUUCUCAUCAAGUAUGAUGGCUAACAUCAAGUGGAACACACCAAUACCCAUUAAGUAUUCGGUGCAGUUCCUUGGGCAUGACAUGUUGGCUACAAACGCUCUUGAUGUUAACUCAUGGCCACCUCCUUGGUCAGAUGGAGUGAUUAGAGGUAGAGACUUAAGGCCUUCGCCAUGGCCGGGAUUCAAUUUCUGUGGGACGGUGGAACACUGGAUGCCACCAUGGCCACCCCCAACUCAGCCAAUGCCUCUAACGUAUCCAUCAAAAUUUGGCCUUGUGUUUACAAUAGAUGGAGUACACAUUGAUUGGAAUCUUGUUGUUGCAGUGCAUAAGAUUUUUUGGAGUGUGAUGAUCAAAUCAAUGAGACAUGUACCAAGCAUCAGUAGUGAGCUGGAUGACAUCCAAGGGAAAUCCACUAUGAUAUUUAUUGAUGUUACAAUCCCUGAAGGAUGUAAUCCAAAGAAAUCAGGCUCUGCGACAACAGAAACAAUAUUCAACUCAUUCUCAGAACUAUUAGAUGUGCACUUGACUACUAUUGAAAUGCUUGUCUCCAAAAGAAGCCAAGAAAUUCGUUGUUGGCAGGGAGCUCUUUGAGUUGCAAGUCAGUGUGCUCUUCUGGUUACUGGCAAGGAACAUCAAUCCUCCUAAAUUUGAAGUACAAGUACUGGAGUUUUUAUUGAGGGUGCUCAUUGGCAGCUUAAGUGAAAAAUACUCUGGUAAUACUAUUGAUCUUGAGGUGUGCUUUUCGAAAAUAGGUAUAUGUUUACACAGAGAUGUCCUUAAGUUCCCAAUUUCACAAUCAACAAAUGCCUGCAUUACAAUUUUGUGUGAUCGACAUGCUGCUUUCAGUUUUGACACAAGCAUGGAGUGGAAUAGUGAUACAAGAAAAAUCAUACAAGAAACAAUGAGCUUACUGGAGCAUUCAGUGAUGAUUUUUACCAGCAUGCUGGACCUACAUUGGUCUGUAAUUAAUACAGAAAAGUGGACUUCAGGAUCAUUACCAUCCUCAUGUAUUGCUCUUGCUGACAAGUACAAGACUUCAAGUUUUGCCAUGGUCUGUUGCAGUAAACUGAAUCAGUAUCACAAAACAAUAAUUGUGCACUUACUGAUCAGGAACAAGCUCAAGACAUGGAUAUCUGAAAUGAUUGGAAGAAUGAUCGUGUUGAUGCUAAGUUCACAAUUGUUUGUCAGCUAUCAAGAUCACUUCAAUCUGGGACACAUAUUCUUGACCUUUAUUCUGCAGAGGAGCACAUUUCUGACAAUUUCCUUAAUGUUAUCAUGUGGUGUUCAGUUCCUAUCAAGAAUCUACAUAAACAGUGGGACCCCGGUGGCUCUGGUGAAACUUUGCAUCGGCUUGGGGACAAGCCGAAAUUUAAGGAGAGGAGAUUGUUAGGAACCCAAAUGGGCUGCCUGUGGGCUGUCAACCACUUUCAAAGCAAGGCCCAAGCAAGCAAAUCAGGAGCACAUAUAAACAGCAGGAGCAGCACCAGAGAGGAGAUCGAACAGAGAACAACAGAACCGGUUGAGGGGCUUCUCGGCGGCGACGGCGGCGGCGGCGACCUGGAACCGGGCUUGGUUCCUUGUCGAUCUUUACUCUCCCUCUUCUUCUACUUGUCUAGAAGCUAGUAGAACCUACUAGCCUUUGUAUCCUUCCAUUUUCCACCUCAAAACCCCUCCACUAUUGUAACAGACUCGGUUGUUCCUUGUGUUGGAUUUGGUACUCCUACUCCUAAAAUUGCAUUGUUGAGUGGGUCUCUAACACUGGAAUAAGUCAGAGAAGUGAAAUCUAUUAAAGCUCCCAUUGUUCCAGAUGGUGGAAAAUCUGAGUCUGAGGUGAAAAGACAAACUUGAAAGGAUACCGAAAGGAUACCAUAUCACGUUAGGGUACAUUUCUUAAACGGGUAUGUUUAGUAUGAUGUAUAUUAUGGGCAAACAUGAUAAAUUCCAGUGUAUUUAAUA